AUGUUUGUUACAAUGAAUGUUUUAUUUAAUAUUCAGAUUGGAAACCUUGGGGAUUAUAAUAUUGUUGUUAAAGAAGAGUAUGAAGAGGAGAAUGAGGAGUAUGGUGUGAUGAAGAAGCUUUCACAAGGACAGAAGAACCUCUUCAAGAACAUCAUGAUGGAGCCAUCAAAGAGUGACAGUGAUUUAAUUCCUGUCAAUCAGCAGGCUGCCGGAGACUGGAGACUUGCAGCCGGAGUUCUGACAAUUAUCCUGAUUAGCCAGCAACUCCAUCCAAAGAAAUUGCACACGGGGGAGAAGUCAUAUUUUUGUUCUGAGUGCGGGAAAUAUUUUUCACAGAAGACCGAUCUUUACAGACAUCAGAUGUUGCACACAGGUGAGAAGCCGUAUUCAUGUCCUGAGUGUGGGAAGUGCUUUGUACAAAAAUCCGAACUUGUCACACAUCAAAGGUGUCACACGGGGGAAAAGCCGUAUUCCUGUCCUGAGUGCAGGAAAUGUUUUUCACAUAAGUCACAUCUUUACAGACAUCAGAGAUUGCACACAGGGGAGAAGCCAUAUUUUUGUUCUGAGUGCGGAAAAUGUUUUAUACAAAAAUCACUACUUGUCACGCAUCAGAGGUCUCACACUGGGGAAAAGCCGUAUUCCUGUUCUGAAUGCGGGAAAUGUUUUUUACAAAAAUCAGUACUUCUUACACAUCAGAGAUCUCACACAGGGGAAAAGCCAUUUCCCUGUCCUGAAUGCAGGAAAUGUUUUUCAAAUAAGUCUCGGCUUCACAGACAUCAGAGAUUGCACACAGAAGAGAAGCCGUAUUCCUGUCCUGAGUGCGGGAAAUCUUUUCUACAAAAAUCAGAACUUGUCACACAUCAGAGGUCUCACACAAGGGAAAAGCCGUAUUCCUGUCCUGAGUGCGGAAAAUGUUUUUCACAGAAGUACAAUCUUUCCAGACAUCAGAGAUCUCACAUGGGGAAGAAGCCACUUUCCUGUCCUAAGUGAGGGAAAUGUUACUCAGUGAAUUCCUGUACAUUAGGGAUCCCACACAACCCUCGAGGUGUAUUGGUGCCUUGAGUGCCGGAAAUGUCUUCUAUAUGAAUGUUGCUGGACAU